UUUCAAUUCAAAAAAAUAAUUAAACGAUUUGCGACCUACGCUACGUUAGGUAGCUAAUUUAAUAGUUGACGUUAGGUAGGACUUAUUAAAGUGGUUCGAUUUUAAGAUAACUUGGCUUAUUCUGUGGAUAAAGGCGAUUCAGCUUCGCUGAUAGAGUAAUUAACUGAUCAUCAUGCUGGACAAGCUAAAUAAACUACAAGGACAAAAUAAUGAUGGUAUGAUAAAACUAAGGAGAGCACUAAAAAUGCCACAAAAUGCUCCAUUUAAGACAGCACUUAGAAAAUUUAAAUCAGCUGCAAAUGCUAUCACAGAGCUACAAAACAGAGAGGGGACACAUAAGUUGAGUUUCCGAAUAGUUAGAGGCAGAAACAUAAUAAAUAAUAAGAAUAAACCUCAACACUGCAGAAAAUCACAUACAGUCAGUAGAAUUUCCUUACAUUCGGCAAUCAAUGAGCAUUUAUUUCACCAAUUGAAAAGAAAAGUAAGAAAAAUGACAUCAAAGAAGAAGAUAUGCAUCUUACAAUUUGAGAACAUUAGUCUUUCUACCCAUUUAAGAAGAUCAGUAAGACAUAAAAAUAUUUAUCAUCAAGCUCUGGUAUUUACAGUGAGAGGAGUGAAAACAGACUAUGUACAACCAAUCUCAUAUAUAUUUUUUUCAAGUACCACACCAGUCAUAGAUUUAUCAACUCAAAUAAAGCUUAUAAUAUCAAAGUUGCAAGCAAUAGGGCUUACCGCGAUAGCAACAGUAUGUAACUGCAGCAAUUUGAAUGUUUGCACAAUUGAUUGGCUUAUCAGAGAUACUAUGAAACAAUAUUUGAGACAAGGAAAAUUAUUAGGAAAAAAUAUAUUUGAAGUUAAUGGAGAAGAAAUAAUACCUCUAUACAAUCCUAGACACCUUAUGAAAGUGUUACGUAAUAAUUUGAUGGAUCAUAAUUUAAGAUAUGAAUUAGAAGGUGAAGUAAGAGUUGGUAAAUGGGAGCACGUAGUUGCUCUGUACAAUCAAGAGGUUGGCAGCCAGUAUAAAUUGUUACCACUUCUGACAGAAAAACAUGUGUAUCCCAAUAGGGUUUCUAGAAGUAGUGUGGAUUCAGCCAUAGAAGUAGUAAAUUGCGAAGUAGGAGCAGUUAUGGGAUUUAUAAUGAAUAUUCAGAAAAUUCAGUCGGAAUUCAAAGAUACAGUCAAAUUGUUUUUUUUUUUCGGCACUUUGUUCGACUCACUCGACAUGACCUAUAUAAAAUUCAACACCAGAUCCAGGAAGCCUCGUGUAGGCCUUAUAACCCCUAAAUCAACGAGAAAAGAAAUCUGGGCGGAAUCAAAGAACAUUUUAAGAACAAUGGAAUUCUGCAGUAACGGUGAAUCCCGUGUUCUUUCAAUAAGCAAUUGGUUGCAGACCGUUGAAAAUAUGGAAUAUCUUGUUGAAUUGUUAUUGACGGAGUAUAAGGUGUCAGUGGAACGCUGGAAAAAGUUUAAUCCCUUUGUUACUCAGCCUAAGGUGCUUAAAAAGUUUGCAAAGCGUUACAUUCACAUUUUGGGUCUCAUCUCUCAUCACUUCACUGAUUAAUAAAGGUGCUUUAUGAAUGCCAGCUGCCCACUGCACCAAAACGGUUUCACGUGAAUAUAAUUUCAUACAGUCGCGGCAUGUGCGGUCGGCAGUUGCAGUCGGCAGCUAGCAUUCAAAACGUACCUUUAAAACGAUUUUGUAUAUAAGUGGUUGAUUCAAAGUAUUAAAGACUGAUUCAUACGUA